GGCCGGACCGGAUGUAGGGCAUGCUACCUUCAGAUGGGCUUUGAGGAAAUGUGGAGCUUCAGCUGACAAACAAUAGCACUCUUGCAAAAUCGCAUUAGCUCCAAGUCAUUUUUUGUUUCAUUGCCUUUCAGCUACAAGUAAAGAUUUAAAUCUCAUUUUAACAGAGAUUAUUUUACGCCUCCUGAAGAGCAGAAAGGGCUGACUGAAGUGUCAGCACAUCUUAUCACGUCGCUGCGGCUCCUGAGUGGAAAAUAUUCAGGUCUGUAUUAUUGGCUGAAGGACCGUGUAAACGCGGCUUGUAAAAGGAUCCACCGUGGUUGGUCGUAGUGUAUAGAGAGGAGCCUACUCAGCUCUCCAGGCUCCUCAGCCAUGGUUCUGUUGGCCUACCUGAAGAGCCUGUUCAUCCUGCAGUUGCUGAUGGGCUUUGUGUUUGUGGUGAGCGGCCUCAUCAUAAACUUCAUUCAGCUCUGCACCUGCAUCCUCUGGCCGAUCAACAAGCAGCUAUAUCGUAGGAUCAACUGCCGGCUCUCCUACUCCCUCUGGAGUCAGCUGGUGAUGUUGCUGGAGUGGUGGUCGGGCACAGACUGCACCCUAUACACCGACCAGGCUACGGUGGACAAGUUUGGCAAAGAACAUGUCAUCGUCAUCCUUAACCACAACUUUGAGAUCGACUUCCUGUGUGGCUGGACCAUGUGUGAAAGAUUUGGCGUGCUAGGGAGUUCAAAAGUGCUAGCCAAACAUGAGCUACUGAAGGUACCUUUGAUUGGCUGGACCUGGUACUUCUUAGAAAUAGUCUUCUGCAAGAGAAAGUGGGAAGAGGACCGAAAGACUGUCUUCAAAGGACUGAGCAGGCUCAAGGACUAUCCUGAAUGUAUGUGGUUUCUGCUGUAUUGCGAGGGCACCCGCUUUACAGAGACGAAGCACCAAAUCAGUAAUCAGGUUGCAGAGAGUAAAGGCCUGCCCAAGCUAAAAUACCACCUGCUACCCCGAACCAAAGGAUUCACCACCACGCUGCAGUGUCUCAAAGGCACAGUAACUGCUGUGUACGAUGUGACUCUCAACUUCAAAGACAACCAAACUCCCACGCUGCUGGGCAUCGUCAACGGCAAGAAAUACAAAGCUGACAUGAGUGUAAGGCGGUUCCCCGUGGAGGAUAUACCAGAUGAUGAGAAAGAGUGUGCCAACUGGCUCCACAAGCUCUACCAGGAGAAGGAUGCCUUGCAGGAAACUUACAACAAGGAAGGCAAGUUCCCCGGACCCACAAUAAUCCCACAUCGCAGGCUAUGGACAUUGUUGAACUUCCUGUUUUGGGCCACCCUGCUGCUUUCGCCCCUCAUCAAGUUCGCUUGUGGAGUGGCCGUCAGUGGUUCCCCCCUCCUCAUCAUAGGAUUCAUUAUCUUCCUCAUUAUAGCCUCCAUAGCUAUCCGCCGUCUCAUAGGGGUCACCGAGGUGAAGAAAACCGGUUCCAGUUACGGCAACCAGGAGGCCAAGAAAGAAAACUAAAGUGUGUCACCCCCCCUCCCUUCCUCUCUUUGUAUGGCCGUUGCUGUACAGUCACCCUGCGGUGUCUCAACCCUACCCAACUCCAUUCUCCUCCUACUGUUGAGUCACUUGGCAGGCCAGGGGAGGAGACCCAGCUGUGAAAACAAUAAUAGAGAACAGAGUUAGAAAUACUAAUGGCACUAGAAUGAGAGAGAGAGAGAGAGAGAGAGAGAGGGCAUGAAAGGUCUGGAGUUCAAGCUCUCUGGUGUAACACAGAACAUAAGGAGGGGGAGAUGCAGUGCUGUGUUUCCCUGCAUCUUUCUUAAUCCAGCUCGCGACCCACUAUCCCCAUUCAAGUCCCAUUAAAUCCUGGUAGCACCCAAGGUUAAGCUCCAAACCUGUCUUAAGGUCACUUGGACCCAUUUCCUGCUCUGAGCUACCUACCUCCACUUCCUGUCAUCCAUCAUUAGCGAGUCAGGGAGCGGUGAUGUGCUCAUUCUCUUUGCCCGCAGAACACAAGUCGAUCCCAGUCUUAUCCUUUUAACCCUAACCUCCAUCCAGGGGCGGUGUGUUUUCGCAGCAGCACUCUGUAACAUGCAGGACAUCUCCCUCCACUAAGUGGGACUUGUAAUGGGAACCGGUGCCUUGAGGCCCAGCCUGGUUUUCUUAAUCUUAAAGGGUCAUUUCACCCAAAUCACAAAACAUUUACCAUUUAGUUUCUGGGUAUCUAGCCAGGCAGAUAUUUUAGGUUUUUAUAUGCCUACAAUCUGAUUAAAGCUCCUUACUGCAACCUCUACUGUCGCCCAGUACAGUGUGGGUGAAUCAAAUGUUGUCUAUCAAGCUCACAUCUUUGAAAGACUUCACAGCAGUGUGUCUUUCCAGAAGCAGUGUCUGCUGUUCUGGAUACUUUUUGAUUAUAUCAUGUCACCACGUUGACAUGAUUGGAUUAUAGUAGUUAGUAGUAGUUACGUUGUUUCUGGAAAUGGACAAUUCACCUCCAUUGCAUUGCAGCAGAAGUUUCAGGGCAAAGAUCUCAAAAUAUAAAUCCUACUUCAUCCCCAUGGCUAGAUACAGCAGCAAGGUUUAAGUGGGGAAUUUAAAUUUCUUUUUAAAUCUCAUGAUCCUGGUAAAUUGACCCCUUAACAUCUCGUCGUCUUGGAGAGGCUGGUGUCUGUUAAACUAGAGGAAGGGCUCAGAAUGUAAAAACUGUCCUUAUCAAGGACACCUACCAUCUGUUACAGCUUUCAUUUGUAGCCUGCAGCACCAACACCCAUUAUCCAGUUUCUAUUCAACUUACUUCACACUUAGAAAUUUGCAUACAUUGUAAUUUGCAUACCCCCCCUCCCACCCUCCCCUCUAAAUGUGAUGUUAAUUCAACCAGCAAUCCCAGGAAAAAAAAACAGGCGGUCCUACCCACCACCUCCCCUCCCUCUGAUGCCAGUCUUGACAGUUGAAAUGCAGCACAGCGUUCUGCUUCACGUGACCGCUCUCCUCCUGCUGUUGAAUGACGGUGGAGCCAGAUUCCAGAAAAAGGUCACCAACUGUCUUCACGUAGCCUCACAGCUGUUCACAUAUAAUUUUGCUCUCCUGAUAUAGACUGUGUGGUAGUGAUGUUUUAACCUUUGCCUUAAAUCAAGCUUGCUCAGGCGAGGGAUUGCUUAUUCACCACCCCUUCUUAAAAACCACGUUAUGUUUGAAUACUCCGCCUCCUCCUCCUCUUCCUCCUCUUUCCAUGACAGUGCAUCAUGGCGUCUGCAUUCAUUUGGUUUGAUUCCCAAAGUGAAUGCAUCAAAUCUUUUUAAAGAGAACACAAGGAAGUUGUUGGUUUGUUAACAGUACAUUGUCAUAAGUUAAACAAAGCUGCUUACACACCAUGUGCUUUGUUUCUCUGGGCGUCAUAGCCAUUGCUGGGGCACUCGCAGUUCCAUACAUUUCACUAUUUUAAAAUCCAUCACGCCCAGAGUGUAAGUAACAAACGCCGGCUGCUGCAGUACAUCAGUGGAUCUCUCACAGUGUUACUAGCCACUUGGUUCAAAAUGCAAACAAUCGUAGCAAGACAUGGAGGGGAUAUUUUGUCCCGUGUUCGCAUCCCCUCUCCUCUCACACGCCACAUGUAGUGUUAAUUAUAAAAUUUGAUUUGUUGGUUUAAGUUUUGGGGGGGGUCAUCACUCCUCAGCAGCAAUAUGUUGUGUACUUUGUCCUUUCUGUAGAUUCCUCUCAACCCAGACAGAUUUCAUGCAAGCCUUAAUAGACAGUGCUGUUUUUUUUUUUUUUUUUUUUUUUUUGGUGAAACUGUAGAUGCUAAUUGAGCCCCCCUGGUAGUGAAUGGUUGAAAAAUUGAAAGAUUUCCUCUGGUAUAGCAAGCAGGUUUCUGGGAUUAGUUGCCAAGUAGCUUGUUCUAAAGUUUUAACAUUAAUAAUUAAAGAGAUGAGAAUGGAGAAAGUCGGCUCUUGUAUACAAAGAGCUCUGUUCGUAAUGGAUUCACAUUUUUUACAAGAAGAUACUUUUAGUUGCUUUACCUCAAAUAUUUGUUAAAAGCUUCUAUAAGUGUCUCUUAGCUUGUUAUAAUUUUCUUCAAGAGAUUUUGUUUCCUUUGAUCACAACAUAUACACACCAGAUAUGGAUGGAGAACAACUCAUCCCAUCAUUCAGUCAAAAUCAAAGAAAGGAUGUUAAGAAGUUCAAAGAAGUAUUUAGAAAAACUUUUUACACUGGAUGUUUUUUAUUCAGUAAAUAUAAAUGUUAACUUGUGGUUGUUUUUUCUUCUGGAGUCACAAAUGGAAUCAAACACAAAUUACAAAUUGACACCACUUUUUUCCUUUUUAAAUCUCAAAUAAUUUGGUUAGUGGCACCUCGAGUCAGCUCUUGUUUUGUUUUCUAAGGCUAUUUUUAUGUUUUCUUCAAAUAAAACACUUGAGAAUAUUAAAGGAUUUAAUCACAA